CUUUCUGUCUCUCGUUCUUUUCUAUUUCAGUAUUCUCCCUUUCGUUCUUUCCAUUUUCAAAACUUUUGUUUCAUUUCCAGAGUCUCUCUCCACUGGGUAAGCAGAAACCCUAAACGAAUUGCAGUCGAUUUUGAUUUCGCGUUAUCCUUUGUGUCUUCUCCUUCGAAUCUCAUCAAGUACUCAAAGUUUGUGUCUUCUUCUUAGAUUUCUCAAAAUCCCCUGUUUAUGAGUCUGAAAUUUGAGAAUUGAAUCCAAUUUCAACAAAUGGAUGAACAUUCGGGCGGUGGCGAUGAGAUGGUCGUAACGAACCUCAUCGUCUGGUUGUGCAGGAAACAAUCGAGGGAGGUGGGAUUCCUCUUUUUCACAAUCGUCUCCUCCGAUUCUCGUACCACGACCAUGAAUAACGAAUAGUAAGCUUCGUUUAUCCUCCAAUCUUUCGAUUGCGAUUGAAUUUUCGAUUUGUUUACCUCGAAUUUACGUUAAGCAGCGGUGUUUUCUUUUGAAUCUUUGUGGAUCUGUUUCGGUGGUUUUUUUUUUUUUUCAAUUUUAAUUUUAUAUGAAGAUUUUCUUAUUCGAUUUUGUUUCUAAUUUGUGUCUGGCGUUAUGAAUCAGAUCCAGUAUUUUGUUGGCCAGAUCUGUUAAUAGAUUUCUUUGCAUUGUAGCUUACCUUUGUUUAUAUAUUGUCUGAUUUUUAUUAGAAAUUAUUUAGAAUAUGCUGUAAAAUGAUAAUAUUAGCUAAGAAAUUGAAUUUCUGAAGAAAUUUGGCUAAAGUAUGGAAAUUAUUGAGUGGAUGUAUAAUCUUCGUGAAUGAUAUAUUGAAAAAUGUUUGUUGUUUGGAUCCUCUUUGUGGCAGUGAAACUUAUCUAUAAGUGCCCUGGAAAAAGGAGCUUGAUUGUUUAUAGAUGUUAGUAGUGGUACAGGGUGUUCCUGUAUGAAGUUUAAUGAUGAGCACAUUCUCUGCCAGUAUAGAAAAUGAGGUGGGAUUCUUUGUAACUUAUGAAUCUUUGUACUAUGACUUAUGACUUAUGAGGGCAGUUCGUUAUAGAUCACUUGAGCAGGUUGAGUGAUUCUCUGCCAGUAUAUGUGACUAUAGAUGAUUUUUCACUAACCCGAUAAAAAAAGUAUGUUCAA